UCAGUCGGGGGGCGGCGGCGGCGGCGGCCUCGGGGAUGGCGGCGGCUCCGCUGCUGCUGUUGCUGCUGCUCGUGCCCGUGCCGCUGCUGCCGCUGCUAGCCCAAGGGCCCGGGGGGGCUCUGGGAAACCGGCAUGCGGUGUACUGGAACAGCUCCAACCAGCACCUGCGGCGAGAGGGCUACACCGUGCAGGUGAACGUCAACGACUAUCUGGAUAUUUACUGCCCUCACUACAACAGCUCAGGGGUGGGCCCCGGGGCGGGGCCCGGGCCGGGCGGCGGGGCGGAGCAGUACGUGCUGUACAUGGUGAGCCGCAGCGGCUACCGCACCUGCAACGCCAGCCAAGGCUUCAAGCGCUGGGAGUGCAACCGGCCGCACGCCCCUCACAGCCCCAUCAAGUUCUCGGAGAAGUUCCAGCGCUACAGCGCCUUCUCGCUGGGCUACGAGUUCCACGCCGGCCACGAGUACUACUACAUCUCCACGCCCACCCACAACCUGCACUGGAAGUGUCUGAGGAUGAAGGUGUUCGUCUGCUGCGCCUCUACAUCGCACUCCGGGGAGAAGCCGGUCCCCACUCUCCCCCAGUUCACCAUGGGCCCCAAUGUGAAGAUCAACGUGCUGGAAGACUUUGAGGGAGAGAACCCCCAGGUGCCCAAGCUUGAGAAGAGCAUCAGCGGGACCAGCCCCAAGAGGGAACACCUGCCCCUGGCUGUGGGCAUCGCCUUCUUCCUCAUGACACUCUUGGCCUCCUAGCUCUGCCCCCCUCCCGUGGCAGGGAGAGACGGGGCGGGGCUGAGAAGGAGCAGGGAGCCUUUGACCUUUACAAGGGACGCCUAGCUGUGGGGGCCUAUAUUCCUCCUCCCCUGGCUGGAAGUGGGGUCUGCACCGAACAUCUGUGCCUGCCCCUCUGCCCCCUCCCUCCAGGUAGGGCACUGUAGUGGACUAGGCACAGGUGCCACCACAGGUCCUGGAUGGCCUUGUGGCUUUGGUAAUAUUUGGUACCAAACUUGGGGGCCAUAAAGGGCAGUGGCUCAGGACCCCCUGACCCCCUGGUACUUUUCCCUGGCCCUUGGUGCCCUCCCCCUUUGUCCCAUCAGAGAGACAAAUAUGCCCCAGAGAGAGCAAAUGGCAACCUGGGAAGUGCCCCCAUUACUCUCCACCAGGGACAGAACAUGGGGAGGGGACUAGAUGGGAGAGGAGGUUGCACUAGCUGCUGCCUCCUUCCCCUGUUUACAGCAAUAAGCACGUCCUCCUCCCCCCACUCCCCUCACAGGAUUGUGGUUUGGAUUGAAUCCAAGUUUACAAAUAGACACCCCUGGGGAGGCAGGCAGUGGACAGGGGUGGCAAGGGGUGGGUGCCAGGCAGGCAUGUACAGACCCUAUAUCUCUAUAUAUAAUGUACAGACAGAGUCCUUCUCCCUCCUUAACCCUGACCUUUCUGAACAUCCCCUUCCAGCUUCAGACCUUUUCCCUACCAGGCUAGGCCCCCCCUGGGGACCCCCGGCCCCUCUUUUGUCUUCUGUGAAGACAGGACCUAUGCAACGCACAGACACUUUUGGAGACCGUGAGAGACAACAACGCCCCCUCCCUUCCAGCCCUGAGCCGGGAACCAACUCCCAGGACCUUGCCCUGCCCACCCUACGUGGUCCCCACCCAUCCUGGGCCUUUUUCAAGUGCUUUGGCUGUGACUUUCAUACUCUGCUCUUAGUCUAAAAAAAUAAACUGGAGAUAAAAAUAA